UUUCGGGGACGCCCAAAAGGUGUCACUCCUAAGUACAGCUUGAAGCCUCUUGUGCCAAGGCUAUCUGAACUUCUUGGAGUCGAGGUUAAAAUAGCAAAUGACUGUAUUGGUGCUGAAGUUGAGAAAUUGGUGGCCGAAUUACCAAAUGGAGGUGUAUUGCUGCUUGAGAAUGUGAGGUUCUACAAGGAGGAAGAGAAGAAUGAUCCUGAAUUCGCAAAGAAGCUAGCUUCUCUUGCUGAUGUCUAUGUUAAUGAUGCAUUUGGGACUGCUCACAGAGCCCAUGCUUCCACAGAGGGUGUGGCCAAGUUCUUAAAGCCUUCUGUUGCCGGUUUGCUUAUGCAGAAGGAGCUUGAUUAUCUUGUUGGAGCUGUGGCAAAUCCCAAGAAGCCAUUUGCUGCAAUUGUUGGUGGUUCUAAGGUAUCAACCAAGAUUGGAGUUAUCGAAUCCCUCUUGGCCAAGGUUGACAUUCUCUUACUUGGUGGAGGAAUGAUCUUUACUUUCUACAAGGCCCAAGGAUAUUCAGUUGGAUCAUCACUUGUGGAGGAAGACAAACUUGAUCUUGCAACAUCACUCCUUGAAAAGGCCAAGGCAAAAGGAGUGUCUCUCUUGCUGCCCACUGAUGUUGUUGUUGCUGACAAAUUUGCUGCUGAUGCUAACAGCAAGGUGGUGCCAGCAUCUGAGAUCCCAGAUGGUUGGAUGGGCUUGGAUGUAGGACCUGAUUCCAACAAAACCUUCAGUGAGGCGUUGGACGCUACCAAUACCAUUAUUUGGAAUGGACCCAUGGGUGUGUUUGAGUUUGAUAAGUUUGCUGCAGGCACUGAGGCGAUUGCCAAGAAGCUUGCUGAGCUCAGUGGCAAGGGAGUGACAACAAUCAUUGGAGGAGGUGACUCUGUUGCAGCUGUGGAGAAGGUAGGGCUUGCGGACAAGAUGAGCCAUAUCUCUACCGGUGGUGGUGCUAGCUUAGAGCUUCUUGAGGGAAAAGCACUUCCUGGAGUCCUUGCUCUUGAUGAUGCUUAAACUUAAUUCUUCACCUCUCUGCUUUUUGUGCAUUUUAUACUGCAA